AUCCCCGCAUGGGAUUCGAACCUGCGAACCCACGAAGGGUAAUCAGAGAUGCGGUGGUGAGCGAACGCUUAGCACGAUGCGCCACACCGCCGGGCCGUAAACAAUAUAAUUUUUAAUGGUCUGGUAUAAAAACCGUAGCAUUUGUCUUCAAUAUUUUUAAAAUCGGUGAAAUUUUUGAACCCAAAAUAUAAUCAAACGAAUGUAAUCACGACAAAAGUAUGCAUUUCGAAAACAGACGAUUCAAUAUGAUGAGAAAACUUCCUGCGGUCUUUUUGAUAUCAUGCGAGUAUAGCAAGGCUCUAAUGAAGUUUUUGCAAGGUGCAGCAGAGUGUUGAGUUCCACACAAUUUCUCUGUUUGGCAUUUAUGAGAGAUAAUGAUAAAAAGAUUUUGUGCAAAAAACUGCAGUAAUUUAAUGGCUUUGUCACCGAGCUCGGGAUAUUGUUUUUGAGCAAUUAUCCAAAACUGUGGCAAUGGCAUCUAGCCGAUCGAGGCUUGAAAUGGGCGUAGUAACUCUGACCCAGUUUGGGUCAGUAAUAGCAAUUAAAUUUCGCAAAAUAUAUGUACAGGCGAUCAGUGUCUUAAAUUUUGCAAUUGAAGUAUAAUAUUGGAAUAUAUUAGGCGGACCGAAAAGAAGGAGGACGCGGAACGACGGUUGCAUUGCCUUAUUUACCCACCAGUACAUAUCUCAUCAAAAUUCGGGAUAUGUAUUCUUGUAAUGCGAGUAAAUAUUUAAUAGAUUGAGUAAUCUUCGUUACCGGGUUUUUAAUUAUUCUGUGCAUGGAACACGACGCGCAAAGUAAAUAUUUAAGUAUUCUAUAUGAUGGGGUUCUUGUUAAUAACUUAGUUAUUCAUCAACUCUUCUCGUACAAGAAAUAAGCUUCAGCUAUGGCCAUUUAGCUUUAUGCAUGACAGUUGUAGAUCUUUGUAUCUAAAACGCUGAGAUGAGAAGAAAGAAAAUAACAUGAUGCGUGAAACGCAAUUAUUUCUUUGAAAGUGAUUCUUGUUCGCAAUCGAGCAAUUUUUUUUCUAUAAUCGAGAUAGCACGCAUCUAGUUAACGUUACUUUUUCUAUGAGAAAUGACGAAGAUUUUUGCUGUAUAAAUCGUUGUCCAUAGUUUAUGACUGGACACAGUUUCUAAUUAUCUUUGUCUAUAGUUUUAUAAAUUCAUAAUCUAAUUACUUCACCUAGGAAUAAAUAAAUAUGGCAGAAAGCUCCCGUUUAACCCCUCGCAUGCUAGCGAAUCUUGAAGAAGACGUCUAUGUAGUAAAUUAUCUGGAAGGGAGAAAGACGAUAUUUCUUGGAUUAGGGAUAGCACAAGUGGUAAUAUGUGGAAUUGGUGUGAUCCUAUCUGCCAUCGCUGUCCCUGCCUUUGUCUUUGUGGCGUCAGAGCCUAUUGUCUCUGGAGCUUUUUUGAUAACUAUGGCUAUUAGACCAACUAAAUGGCUAGCUGCUGUAAAUCUUGUUCUGUCGAUUCUUUCCACCAUUGCCGGUUUUUACGGAUUUGUUGUUGCAUGCAUCAUUCUGUCAGAAGGAGAUUACGUUGGAAUAGGUGUUGUCUUUCUUCUAUUUUACAUGGCUCUCAUGACGCUAUUCAGUAUGGCUGCAAUCUAUGCCUCUCUUGCUUUGAGCUGUUGUGUUUGCUGUAGAAGAGGACCUGUUUCUUUACAGGGAAUUCCAGUGACUUCUUACUCCGGAGGAGCAGUUGCAUAUCCUGCUCAGCCAGGGCUGGCAACAGUCACAGUCAACAAUGACACACUGCCUCCAGUAGCACCGGCGUCCCAAACAUUUUCUGUGAACACGUAACGUCGUAAUUCGAGAUAAACGUUUGAUUUUAAACCACCAGAAAACUAGGCAUGUUUAACUAUGUAAUUAUUUAUUCUAUAAUAUGAUUUGCAGGACCUUUAAUUCACUGUUGUACUAAUUGUACACUGUGCUGUCUGUACCGUACGUGUUGAAACUACAUCAUACUGUACACAAAUUUACUCGAUACCCAAGCGAAGGACAUGGCUGAGAGGUAAUAGUUGAUCUUCCUCACGUUACUGACACAACUAUAUCUUUAAGACCUUUUUUCAGGAUUACUUUUACUUCCUCCAUACGUACCUUAUCUCGACUUCUUUGAUUUUGUCCAUCUCAUAAAGACGUUGCAAACUUUCUAACGUCAUGGGUUUAUACAGAAGUAAUCCAUAAAGCCGUAGCUGAUUGCGAUUGACAAGUUAUAGUGUAGUCCUCUAACGUAAUUUGUGUGUUGUUUUCAAUUCAGUUCAUGCAAUAAACCUGAAAUUUUCAUAUUAUGAAACUAAGAGUAAACAAGGAUACUACCGCUAAAUACUGGUAUUACACUGAACAAGACAGCUAUUCUGAAAUAUAUACCUUGACUAAUGACUUACGUACUACAGCAAUAAGCUAUGCACCAUUCCCAGAAAUAUGUGAUCAUUCUAAUAAAAAUGGCAAUUAAUUCACAUUUCCAACUCACGUGGUAGGGCGGAAGCUGAGCGCCGGAAUUAUCGAGAAGAUGGCGGGCCGCGGGGGAAUUUGACGCAAUUCAACAAGGAUUAACUGUCAAAGCAGUGGCAAGAUAGUCUUGGGGGAAAAAAAACGACAAUACAGCUUAAUUAUAUGGCGUACCACGGCAUGUUGUUCGGUACCCAGUCCAUGUCGGCAGGGCCAAACUAGUCUGCUGCCCGGGGCGAGUUUUUGAUAAUGCUGCCCCUCAUAUCUAACUUCUAAAAUGAUUUGGGUGAUAAACAGAAUAUAGAUGUCGUUAUACACGAGAAUAAAUUCAAUAAAGGUCGAAAUAAAAAAG